AUGGCCUCCAGACUCGCCCCUCUCUUCUUCAGAUCAGCCCUCCGCUCGACAUGUCGAGCGGCGAGGCCCCAGAUCCGCGCCCUCUCCGUCACAGCCGUCCGCCCUAGCGACACACUGCAAGUGCACCGCGACUCCCCCGAGAACAACGCCGAUGUCCCUUUCAAAUUCAACAAGGAGAAUGAGGCCAUCAUCGCCGAGAUCCUCAAGCGCUACCCUCCCCAGUACAAGAAGGCCGCCGUCAUGCCCAUCCUCGACCUCGGCCAGCGCCAACACGGCUUCACCAGCAUCAGCGUCAUGAACGAGGUUGCCCGCAUGCUCGAGAUGCCCCCCCAGCGUGUCUUCGAAGUCGCUUCUUUCUACACCAUGUACAACCGCACUCCCGUUGGAAAGUACUUCAUCCAGGCUUGCACAACAACCCCCUGCCAGCUUGGCGGCGUCGGCUCCGACGUCAUCGUCAAGGCCAUCAUCGACCACUUGGGCAUCAAGCAGGGCGAGACCACAAAGGACGGCCUCUUCACCCUCCUCGAGGUCGAGUGCCUCGGCGCCUGCGUCAACGCCCCCAUGAUCCAGAUCAACGACGAUUACUACGAAGACCUUACCCCCGAGACCACCGUCCAGCUCCUCGACGCCCUCAAGGCCACCGCCUCUGCCACCGGCGGCGUCUCCGCUGCAAAGGUCCCCAAGCCCGGCCCUCUCAGCGGCCGCGAUACUUGCGAGAACAGCAAGGGUCUGACGAACUUGACCGCUGAGCCGUGGGGACCCGAGACGACGAGACCCGAUUUGUAA